UCGCUGGCGGUUAGUGUCUGUGCGCCCGUAAAGCUGGCAGCAACUAGGAACUGCGGCUGGAAUCGCCUGGCAAUGACACAAACACUGGCCGAUUUCUAUGAGGACAGCGAAAUCUUUGUCACCGGCGGCUCGGGCGUGGUCGGCAAGGCGCUAAUCGAGAAGCUCUUGCGCUCGUGCAAUGUGAAACGGAUCUAUGUGCUGCUGCGUCCACGACGCCAGCUCAAUGCCGAGCAGCGGCUGGUCAAGCUGCGCAAUGCGAAGGUGUUCCAGGUGCUGCGCCUCAAGAAGCCACAGGAGCUGGACAAACUGUUCGCCAUACCGGGCGAUGUCUCCGAGCCCGGUCUGGGCAUUGAUGACAAGCACCGGCAGCUGCUCGAAAACGUAUCGCUGCUGUUCCAUUGUGCCGCCACGGUGCGCUUCGAUGAGCCGCUGCGCGUUGCCCUCCAGCUCAAUGUGGGCGGCACUCUGGAGGCAUUGAGAUUCGCCGAAAGUCUGCAACAGCUGCGCAUCUUUGUGCACGUCUCCACCUUCUUUAGCAAUCCCUAUUUGGAGUGUGUGGAGCCCAAGUGCUAUUCCUCGCCCAUGGACUGGCGCAUGUGUCUGCGUAUGCUGCAUGAGAUCAAGGACGAUAACAUCCUGGAUACGCUUACCCGCAAGCUAAUUGUGGGCUUUCCCAACACGUACACCUUUACGAAGAACCUAGCCGAGUCUCUGAUCAACGACUAUCGCACGCGCCUGCCGGUUAUCGUCUAUCGGCCCUCGAUAGUGCUCUUUGCGGUAAGCGAUCCCCUGCCCGGCUACGCGCCCUCGCUGAUGGGCGCCAUGGGCCUCUUCUCGCUGGUGGGCGCUGGCCUGCUGAAGACCGUCUAUAUAGGGCGUGAUGUACACCUGGAUAUAACUCCGCAGGAUAUGGGCAUAAAGGGCAUGAUCUAUUAUACCAAGUGCGGCUACGAUGCCUACGUUCAGGGGGCGCCCAAGGAGUUGCUGGUGUACCAAACGUCGUCGCGCAACCACAUACCGUUCACGUUCCGGCGAAUGGCCACACACAUGGAUGAAAUGAAUCUGUGGUACAGUGGCGCCUUCCUCAAGAAUCUAUGGGUGCCCGGCUGUCACUAUACGGACAAUCGUUUCGUCUACAAGUUCCUCGUCUUCACCAAGCAGCUACUGCCCGCCCUAUUCGUGGAUCUGCUGCUGCGACUCUGCGGACGCCGCCCGGCCAUAAUGCCCAUCAUGCGUAAGCUCUACCACACGCUCGAGGUGAUGAAGCCCUUCAUGUUCAACAACUAUGACAGUCCCGGCGCCACAGAUCUAACGCGCAUGCUGGAGCAGAACAGAGGCACCGAAUUCGAUCUGUUCGACGAAUACGAAUACGCACACCGUACGGAUCGCCUGACGUCCGCCUGCAGCAAUAUGAUCCAGAGCAUACGGCACGAUCUGCUCAAUGAGGACCCCAGAACGUUGCCGCGGGCCAAGCUACUAAUACGCAUCAAGAAAGCCAUCUACAAUGUGAUACGCUUUUAUGUGCUCUAUAAGCUGCUCAGCUGGCUCUGGUACCGCUUUCUGGCCUAGUUGCCCAGACGAUGUUCGGACUCGCCCUCAACCAAGUUAGGCUAAAAUAUUUUUGUUUACUUUUUUUUUUUUUGUUUUUUUUCCCCUAGACUAGAGCAUAAUAUACAUAUUUCUGGAAACUGACUACUUGGCAUUAAAAUGUUAUAACUCGA